UAUCUUAAAGGUGUUGAAACCCGAGCAAGUAGGCUAGACAAAAAUGAUGAUGGGUUAGACGAUUUGAACUAAAAAGGGUUUGAUGUUUUCCGUCAGCAAGGUAGAUCUAUAGGUGCUGCAAACUACGACCCUAUAGGGCAGGCUGAGUUCCAUAAGAUUCAAUGGUAUGUCUUCACCAAUUGUGAUGAAAUUGAAGAACAAUUGAAGUAAGUUCUUCUUCCUUUGUAUACUCUAAACCCCAUUUAUUAGUUUUUUAUACCUUUUGUUCUUAACAAUUGCGGUUACAGUAUGCAUACGGAACAGAGAAUGCUGAAUUAUCCAAACAGUACCCCAACAACCAUUGCCGAAAACUUCCCAUAUUGGUUUAAAACCUUUGUAAGCCCAAAUUCCCCCCCCCCCCCCCCCCCCCCCCCCCCCUCUUUUCUUUUUUCUUACUCACAAGACCACAAUCUAUUGAUUGCAGCUAGCUACCAAUCUUAGUCUAUCAACUUUUGGAAGCCCCCUUUUUUAUAUUUCCAUUUGUUUCUCUUCUCUAACUCACAGCAGCCGUGCAUUAUGUUUUAGGUGUCUGAACAGUUUUUGGCUGGCACGCUUAAAGAGACUGACCAUUUAUAUGUCCUAGGAUUAGGGGCUGAUGAACGUAUUACUAGAUAUCCUAGACUCAUCAUUAACGGAGUUCGAUACCAAAUAAAAAUGGUUGAUCAAGGGCAUCAAACUCAGAAUAGUGGUAUCGUUGUUAGGGCUGACCACAAUGGCGAGACUAUAGAUUAUUACGGGGUUCUGGUAGAUAUUAUUAAGCUUCAAUAUUCUGGAGGGCAUCGGGUGUUUGUAUUCAAGUGCGAGUGGUUCAAUGUGGGGGACAAGAAGAAUGGAUUAAGGAUGGAUGGACACUUGACGAGCAUAAACAUGGAUAGAAAAUGGUGUACGGAGGACCCAUAUGUAUUGGCCAGUCAGGCUAACCAAGUGUUCUACAUUGCGGAUAUUAAGAAUGGUGGUGCAUGGCAUAUCGUCCACAAGGUAUGUCCAAGAAGUUUGUACGAUGUUCCCGAGAAGGAGGAAGCGGGACAUGGGGAUCCAGUGUAUGAAAAUCAGCCAUACCAACAAGAUGUGGACAUUUCUGAUUUUAAUGUAAGUGAAAGCGACUUAGCGGAUUUGAGUCGUGAUGACGAGGCACCAACAAUCGUUACUGAGCCAGUCAUACGAGCCAAUGAUGGACGAGCUGGAGUAGUGGAAGCAAGCGAUGAGGAGAUAGAGGACGACACUUUAGAUGACCAUCAUUUCACCACGAAUGAAACUGAACACCCAGAUGGGAAUGAUCCAUCCUUUAGUGACGAGGAAGAAGCAUAACAUUACAUUAAACCCAGGCGCCCUUUAUAUGUUUGCAGAAUAUUUUUGUACAUAGAUAUGUACCGAUUUUUUGGGGGCCAUAGUUGUUUUUGAACAAUUUUUUUGGGCCUUAGUUUCAUUUUUACAGAUUUUUGGGUUUAUUAUAUGAAGAAUAUUGAAUAUAGCCUUCAAGUUUUAUCGAUGUUACUUGAGUCUGAAAAUGGGGUUUAUGUUUUCCUAUAUGAACCCAGGCAAAACAUAAAGCUAGAUCGUCUCUGGUUCAAUGAAUUUUAAUGUUUGAUUGGGUUUCUGGUGUAGAUUUGUAGUGUUUGUGUAGGAGGGAGACUGGGUUUGGUUCAAACAUGGUUCAUAUUGGCUAUCUUCUGAGCCCAUAUGAUUAAAGGGAUCAAAGCCCUUUGAUUCUUUUAGUAGUUUUAAAUGAGGUAAGCCAAGCCCUUUUCACUCUUCUUUGUAUUUGCCGAAAGGAGAACCCUAGUUCCCUCUUCUUCGAAUCUGCCGACAGUCGCUACCUCUCCUAUGGCGAUUUCUCUCUGACCUUCCCCCGCGAAAUUGAGACUCAUCAUUGCUGUGUAGUGUCUUCUCGUCGUUCUAGGUUUGGGGAGUUGUUUGACAGUUAAGCGCUGGUUUCAGAAUCGCCAUUCAGGUUUGCCGCGACAUGCAUGAUCCGAUUCUCCGAUUUGUAGUGUUUGUAGUGUCGAUGCUAUGCUCCGUUUAUGUUGAUGCCCUCGAUUCUCUGAUUUCUUCUUCAUUUGUGAUUUGGUUUGUCGAUUAGGGUUUGGAUUGCUAAUGAUGCCCUCGAUUUUCCGAUUCUCCGAUUUGUAGUGUUUGUGAUUUGGUUUGUCGAUUAGGAUUUGGAUUUCUAAUCGGCGUUGCACCCUUGACCUCCUCUCCUCUUGAGGUCCCUCUGCAUACUGCACUUGUUUCUCACUUUCUCCGAAAAGCUGAGGCCCUUGGGUUAAUUUCUUUCAAAGCUGCUCUUGUUUGAACUUUCUUCUGUAAAGUGCUGCUUGUUACUCUUGUAAGGACUGAAGUCCUGGGUUUUUCGUGAUUUGGGAUUUGGCCAAAUGAGCUUCAAUGGAAAUAGUAAUUACUGGGAAAAAAAUUGAGAAAUUGUU